AUGCGGCAUCCCAUCGACUUCCGCGUCUGCAAGAAGCCCAUUGCCGCCACCGUUUCUGUUGCUCAGAACUUGGCUGACACCCUUCCCAACGUUCGCGUCUUCGACGCCGCUGUCAGCGGCAGUACUGGUAGCAAGGGACGGUCUGCACCUCGAAAGAAUGGAAGCACUCGCGUCAAGUCGUGCAGCGACAACACCAGCGAGAGCUCUGCCAGACUCAGCACCAAAGCUAUCGGAAAGCAGAUUGCUCAGGACAUCAACGAACACAUGAAGGAACCCCAGGGACAGAGCAAGUUCGGAUGUAACUGGCAUAGCGGCGAGAUCAAAAACAAGCAUGUCUCCCAGCCCGGCUGCAUGCACGAGAACGAGCAUCUUCCCCGCGAGUUCAGCCUCAAGGAGAUGACCCUCCGCUUCCAGUGUUACAACACCCCGCGUGCCCACGAGCACUUUCGCAGCCCGAAGCACAUCCGCAGCGCCGUCGCUCUCGACUGCGAGAUGGGCACUGCCUUUGACAACGAGCCCCAGCUCGUUCGCGUCACGCUCAUUGACUACUUCACCGCCGAGGUCCUUGUCAACAAUCUCGUCUGGCCCGAUGUCAACAUGGCCCACCUCAACACCCAGUAUUCGGGCGUCACCUGGCCGCAGCUGAAGCAGGCCCAGCGCGAUGGCAUCUGCAUCAUGGGAACCGGCAUUGCUCGCCUCCAGAUUCUCAAGUAUAUCGGACCUCAGACCAUUGUCGUCGUCCAUGGUGGCGGCUCGGAUCUGUCUGCCCUCAACUGGAUCCACCCCAUCAUCGUCGACUCGCACCUCGUCGAAGCUGCUUACCAGAAGGCCAAGCAGGAGCAGGAAGAGGCCGACCGCGAGUCUGCCGAGGCCGAGCGUCAGUGGCUCGAGGGUGGCCCUGGCCCAUCCGCUGAUGCCGGAAAGGUUGACGAGAGGAAGGAGAAGAAGAAGCAACAGUCGUCGCAGCGUGGCAAGCUCACCCUCAAGAGCCUGGCUCAGGAGAGACUCGGCCGUCAGAUUCAAACGGGUCGCGGACACGACAGCCUUGAAGACGCCAUGGCCGCUCGGGACCUUGUGCACUGGCAUGUGCUGCGUCUUCUUGAGCAAGCUAUGGAAGACGCUGCUGGUGACGUCUAA